CCAAAUAUUUUCUGUAUCGGCAUCAGAACUGAGGGUUGUGCCAGGAUCUCCAGCGUCCAUCCAUGAAACGGGAAGAGUCGCGUGAAUAUUAAUAGUGUAAAAGUAGUGGAUAUUCAUGCGUGUUACGGGUGUUUUUUUCUCUCUGCAUCUGAUAUUUAUAUUUGUCACUCUGCAUCUUUGAAGGGGCCCCUGAACGUACUCAAAACGGACAACACGGCAAUGUUAUGGAUACAAUGUUAUGAAUGCAGCGCUGCAAUUCCAUUAGAUAUGGGUAGUCUGGAGAGAGAUCCACGUUUUCAUCACUAAACCUCAGCAAUACUCCUGUUUUCUCUCUCUCUCUCUUUUUUGUGUCUGAUUUUGAAGCAUCGUUAAUGUCAGGAUAUAUACCUUUUAUAACAAUAACAGAAGACAGCAGCGAGUGUCAUGUGGAUCUGGGGGGGAAAUCUCGUUCAAUGGUGGUUUGCUUCCUUCCUGAGUCCUGAUGUUCUUCAUCCUUGCGAGGAUUCACCAUGGAAACCCAAAGUGAGCGCUGGUGGACACCAAGACUCGACCCUGCAUUGGAAACACAGCGGCUGAUAGAUGUGUAAACAGCUUCUUAUCGCAUUUUUGUCGCCUUCAUGUCAACCUGCUUAGACCUGUCUUUGCAGACAGUAGAAAAAGAAAGGCGUCUAACUAGAAAGGAUUGUUUGAGAGUGCCAAAGUGUCUCCUGUAGACAAGAGGUGCUGGCAUGAAGUAAACAUGCACGCAAGAUCUGCUUUAAUGUCUAAACAUGCAGUGCAUGAAAAUCAGGUCUGAUCUUUGUACAUCUCAGGUACGGAUAUUGUUUGGCACAUUUUCGAAGCAUUCAGGCUACCAAGCACAAUGUUUUUUGAACAUCCAUUGCGUUAAAGUGUACAUUGACGCACAAAGAAAUAUAGUUUAGUAUCUUGUCCAAUCCUAUCCCACAAUGCCUCGCAACCGGGCCUUUUCAGAGCCGGAGUAUUCAGUGGAAUAUUCGGCUGACUGUUCGGUCACCCUGCCCUCUGACCCUGGUCAGGCAGUAGGGCGCACUCAUGAGGUGACUGUGCGCAGUUCUGGCUGCUGCCUGUGCUUGCCACGGUUCAUGCGGCUGACCUUUGCACCUGACUCUCUAGAAAACCUCUACCAGACCUAUUUCCGCCGCCAGCGACACGAGACCCUGCUGGUGCUGGUGGUGUUUGCAGCCCUCUUCGACUGCUACGUCAUCGUGAUGUGCACUGUGCUUUAUUCCAGCGACAAGCUGGCAUCUGUAGCCGUGGCAUCGGUGGGCCUGGCGGCAGACGUCCUGCUGUACUUCCUGUGCCGGUGCGGACUGCUCCCAGACCGUGUGUCUCGCCGGCUGGUGCCCUAUGCCCUCUGGGUGCUCAUAGCGGCCCAGAUCUUCUGUUACCUAGGACUAAACUUUGCCCGCUUCCAUCAGCCCAGCGACACAGUGGGGUGGCAGGCUUUUUUUAGCUUUUCCUUCUUUCUGACGCUGCCUCUGCGGCUGACCCCUAUAGUGCUCAUCACAGCUGUGUCCUGCGGGGUGCACACCCUGGUGCUGGGCGUCACUAUUGCCCAACAGCAGCAGGAGGACAUUCAGGGGGCGGCUCUUGGAAGACAGUUGCUGGCCAACAUUGUGAUCUACGUAUGUGCCAUCACAGUGGGCAUCAUGUCGUAUUACAUGGCUGACCGCAAACACCGCAAGGCCUUUCUAGAGGCGCGACAGUCCUUGGAGGUGAAGCUGAACCUGGAGGAGCAGAGUCAGCAGCAGGAGCGCCUCCUGCUGUCCAUCUUGCCCAAGCACAUCGCAGACGAGAUGCUUCAGGACAUGAAGAAAGAAGCCAGUCAGAAAGAGAUGCAGCAGUUCAACACCAUGUACAUGUAUCGCCACGAGAACGUCAGUAUUCUGUUCGCUGACAUCGUGGGCUUCACGCAGCUGUCCUCAUCCUGUAGCGCGCAGGAACUGGUUAAGUUGCUCAAUGAAUUGUUUGCCCGUUUCGACAAGCUAGCUGCUAAAUACCACCAGUUGAGGAUUAAGAUUCUCGGGGACUGCUAUUACUGUAUUUGUGGCCUUCCAGAUUACCGUGAUGACCAUGCUGCCUGCUCUAUAAUGAUGGGCUUGGCUAUGGUGGAGGCAAUUUCAUAUGUUCGUGAGAAGACGCAAAAAGAUGUCGACAUGCGUGUCGGGGUGCAUUCUGGGACGGUGUUGGGUGGGGUGCUGGGCCAGAAGCGCUGGCAGUAUGAUGUGUGGUCCACUGAUGUGACAGUAGCCAAUAAGAUGGAGGCAGGAGGGAUACCAGGGCGAGUACACAUCUCCCAGAACACCCUGGAGUGUCUGCAUGGAGAGUUUGACGUGGAGCCCGGGAAUGGGGGAGACCGCUGUGAAUACCUGAAAGAGAGGGGCAUCGAGACAUACCUUGUGGUGGUGCCAAAGGGACCCGUGGGCAAGAACGGCAUCAAUGGAGUAAAGCUGUCAGUGACAUCAUCUAAUGGGAAUUCUCCUCUACUGAUCAAAACUACUGAGUGUAAUGGUAGUGUCCACACUGCAUGUACCACACCAGAGGAGCCAGAGGAACUGGAUGCACGGGUGGUAAAUCCCUCAUUUCCAAACCCUCGCCGUCGGCUGCGUCUCCGCGAUCUGGCUGAGAGAGUGAUUGAUGCUCAGGAGAAUGAACAGGAACUCAAUAAACUCCUCAAUGAAGCUUUGUUGGAGAGAGAGACUGUACAAGCGCUCAAAGGGAAGUACACUAAUCGUCUGUCUCUGCGCUUCAAGGAUCCGGAGCUGGAGACACGCUUCUCUGUUGAGAAAGAGAAGCAGAGUGGAGCGGCGUUCAGCUGCUCAUGUGUGGUGCUGCUCUUCACUGCCAUCAUGGAGGCACUCAUUGACCCCUGGUUGUUAGCAAACUACGUGACUCUGGCAGUGGGGGAAGUCUUGCUUCUUAUUCUCACUAUCUGUUCACUGGCAGCCAUUUUUCCACGGGUAUUUCCAAAGAAAUUGGUGUCGUUUUCUGCGUGGAUUGAUCACACGCGCUGGGCUCGCAACACUUGGGCCAUGGCGGCCAUUUUUAUCGUCACAAUGGCAGACAUAGUAGAUAUGCUAAGCUGUCGGCCACCUCAGCUCUCCACAAAUGAUGCGACUGCAGUGCCCCCAACUGCACCAGGAACCGGGGGCUGUCUGGAGAACCCUAAAUACUACAGCUACAUCGCCGUACUUGCUCUAAUAGCCACCACCAUGCUGGUGCAGGUCAGCCACAUGGUCAAACUCACUCUCAUGCUACUCAUCACAGUAGCUACAAGUGUGGUCAACAUCUACUGCUGGAGGGACAUCUUCGACACGUAUGAUCUGUAUCGCUUUAAGGAAUACAGGGUUUAUCUUGUGCCAUCCAAAUACACUAUGAGUGUCAUGAUCUUCAUUAUGAUGGUCAGCUUCUACUACUUCUCCAGACAUGUUGAGAAGCUGGCUCGCACACUGUUCCUGUGGAAGAUCGAAGUGCACAAGCAGAAGGAGAAGGUGUAUGAGAUGAGAUGGUGGAACGAGGCUCUGGUCACUAAUAUGCUUCCAGAGCAUGUUGCCAGACACUUCCUGGGCUCUAAGAAGAGGGAUGAGGAGCUCUACAGCCAAUCCUAUGAUGAGAUUGGAGUUAUGUUCGCCUCCAUCCCAAACUUCUCUGAUUUCUACACGGAGGAAAGCAUCAACAAUGGCGGGAUUGAGUGUCUGCGGUUCCUCAAUGAAAUCAUUUCCGACUUUGAUAGUCUUUUAGAUGAGCCCCAAUUUCGCUGUAUAACCAAGAUUAAGACCAUCGGCAGUACAUAUAUGGCAGCAUCUGGCCUUUCUUCAGACAAUAACACUAACGGUUAUGCCUGCAUGAAGAAAGAAGAGAUUUCUGACAGGGAACGCUGGCAGCACUUGGCAGAUCUGGCUGACUUUGCUCUGGCCAUGAAGGUCACACUCAUGAACAUCAACUAUCAGUCCUUCAAUAACUUCAUGCUCCGCAUCGGGUUGAAUAAAGGAGCUGUUUUGGCUGGAGUUAUUGGGGCCCGUAAACCUCAUUUUGACAUCUGGGGAAAUACUGUGAAUGUGGCCAGUCGCAUGGAGUCCACUGGGGUAAUGGGGAACAUCCAGGUGGUGGAGGACUGCUACUGCAUCCUGAAGGACUACGGCUUCCGUUUUGUGAGGAGGGGACCCAUAUUUGUAAAAGGGAAAGGAGAGCUGCUCACCUAUUUCUUAAAGGGACGUGAAAAACAAGGCUCCUUCUUAAACGGCUCAUUCGUCACCCUGCCUCACCAAGUGGUGGACAGCUCUUGACCGACACACAUACACACACAUUGUCAUAUAUUAAACUCUUCAAAAUGUCUCUCGCACACCUCACAUCAUACCUCUGCCGAGUACAUGUGCUCCAGUAAUUAGUACUUUCAAAUGUGUUUUCUCUAUUUAUUAGACUGAGGAAAGAAAUAUUGGGGGAAACAAGAGAGACAUUUGGUAUUUAUGAGCGAAGUACUAUGUAAUGUAAAUUUAUGAAGUGUUCACAGCUAUGAAUGAAUGAAAGCGAAAAUAUUUUAAUAGGUGAUAAAAAGUUUUAGAGGAGGCUAUUUUUAAACUCAAACAGAGAAUAUAAAAUCUCAGUACUAUGAGCUCUGCUGUACAUUAUACACUGCGCUGCUCCAAAAAACAGCCGAAUUAUGUAAAGAAUUUUCUUCUUUUAUUCAAAAUCCUUGAUUAUUUAAAGAUUACCCUGAAUUUCCCAGUUUUAUUUGAAUGUUGUUUGAAACUGAAAAGCUAAUCUGAACGGCAUAGAGACUGCCUUUUUGACACUUAUGUGUGUGUGAAUAUGUCCAUUUGUGUUUUUUUACUUUUUGUCACUUUCUAUUGAUUUUUUUUAUUAUUAUUUUUAUUUGCAGCCAUUUAUUACUGGGAAUAUUGGGAAUACAGGGUCCAAAAGUCUGAGACCACAUUGAAAAUCAAAGUUAAUAAUAAACAAAGUUUAAGAUACAAAAACAAAAAAAACAGAAUGGGUAUAAAUAACAAAAUCAUGCUGGAAAACAUGAUUAUCAGGUUUUGUUCAGUUGUUAAAGCUAAGCUUCGUCAACAUCAUUUGUGGCAUAAUAUUGAUUACCACAAAAAUGUAUUUCGACUCGUCCCUCUUUUUCUUUAAAAAAGCAAAACUCUGGGUUACAGUGAAGCACAUACAAUGGAAGUGAAUGGGGGCCAAUUUUUAUUUUUUAAUUUCUCAGUUUAAAAUAUAGCCACAAGACAUAAACAAUAUGUGUGUUAACAUAAUUUUAGUGUGAUAAAAUCACUUACUAAACUUUUCUGUGUAAAAUUGUAGUCGAUUUUAAAACUUCGUUGCCAUUACGAUGUAAUGUCAUCAAACCCUAAAAUUAUUGUAAAAAAAUUACAAUUUAAAUAACCUAACAGCUCAAAUAGUACAUGAGCUUUAACAGAAGAGUUAAUGUAUGUGCUUUUAUCUUCACAUUUCUGCCUUUAACUCUCCAAGAAUUGGCCCCAUUCACUUCCAUUGUGAGUGCCUCACUGUAACCUCCAUUUUGCUUUUUUAAAGAAAAAGAGGGGUGGGUCGAAAUACAUUUUUGUGAUAAUCAACUCAGUGCCACAAAUGUUGUCAAUUGAGCUUAACCUGUAUUGAACUUGGAAUAUUCCUUGAAAUUAAGUUCCUGACAAUCUAAUUUCACUUCAAAAUGUUGUAUGAAAUUGGAAAAAAUGGCAAACAGAAUCAGUUUCAGUGGUCUGAGACUUUUAGACCCCACCCUAUGUAAUAUUGUAGUAAAAGUGUUCCUCAUGUGCCAAAUAGGAACCACAAUGUGUGUCAGUUUGUGGUACUCUGAGGACAUAGACAGAACAAGAGUGGCAGAAGUGAACGAGUCUCACUGUGAACGUGUGUAAAGUCCAGCGGCACUACAUUCAUGGAUGUUUCUCAGUUUCGAAUAUUUCCCCAAUGGUGUCUUUCCUGAAAUAUUAGGUGAAUGUGCAAUAGUUUAUUCUUUUAUGGCACUCUGCUGCCCAUAGGAAAAUCGAGAGUUCAUGGCAAAUUUGCUGCAAACUUGCCGCAAAUUCGCCACUGAUAUUUUUCACAUGCAAAUUAGCUUUUCCGCAAAUUUGUGGCAAAUUGUCCAUUGUUGCCAGAGGUUCACCACUACCGGCAAAGAGCUGCAAACUUCUGGCAAACAUUUGCAGAGAAUCAAAAGUUCAUUUGCAUGUGAAAAUAACAAGCUGCAAAUUUGCGACAAGUUUGUGGCUAGUUUAUAUUUUUUGUAAGGGUGUCCAGUACUUUUGCAAAGAGCUCUCCUCUCCCAGCAGGUCAUAUUUUUAUAUAUUAUGAUUGUAAAAGUUCUAGAAAGAGUAUUGUACAGAGACUGGACGUUAGGCUGGAAUGGUGUGUCUUAAAAAAUGGCCAAACAGUAAAUUUAUUACCAAUGUCAGGAAUGUUCUGUAUGUGCAAGCAGAAAUAGCAUUUGAUUUUGACUAUCAGAUGUUGAAAUAGUUUAUGAAGGCAUGACUUUGUGGCUGGUCUCUUUGGUUUAAUGCAGGAUUUUGCAAAAAAUUUGAUAUUUUUGAAUUAUCCUUGAAUAUGGAAUAAAACGGCACUUUGAAU